AUGAAGUAUGAAGAAUCAGCGUCGUUCAAACCAAAAGUGGGUCCUCCGUUUUCUUUUAUUCUUGUUAGUUGGUGGCAUGCUCCUCCCUCGAGGAUUAAAGUUAAUACCGAUGGUUCUUCAAUUGGCGCUCUGGGUAAAAUUCAUGCUGGAGGCGUUUCCAGAGAUUUCACAAAUCAGGUUAAAGGUUCCUUCCAUAUUGAUGGUGGUCUUGGUUUUGCUUUUGAAGUUGAGCUUAUUGGCAUCAUUGGCAUCAUUACUGCGAUUGAAUUGGCUUAUGCUUAUAAAUGGUUUAACAUUUGGCUGGAACCCAUUUCCACUUAUGUUGUAAGGUUGCCUCAAUUGCGUUCUGAUAUUGUCCUGUGGCGUUUCAUUGCUAGGUGGAGACGAGUUCUUAAGUUACUCCCCCUUUUUGAUAUUCAUGUUUCACAUAUCUUUUGUGAAGGGAAUCAAGUUGCUGACAUUAUGGAAAAUCCAAAUACUUCGACUGGUUGGUGGAAUCUUGUUAUUCCCUUGAUUGAGGAAGUCGUAGGAUAUUCAUAUCCAAAAUUUCUAUUGCAAAGUUAG